AUUGGAGCACUGUGAGGUAUGUUUUGCCAGAACGCCUGUAUUGUGUGUUUUUGAUGUUCCGGGACGGAGCCUCUCGUACAACCAGGGAUGCAGCUUCCUCAACACCAUGUCAUUGGUGUGCGCGAACCAGCCACCGACGACGACUCCUCUCCUGAGAGAUUUAUAUGACCCCCUGCAACUCCCUCUCAAUGACAAGAAAAGGUCUACCAGAGCAAGGAAAAGAACAUAACUGAAUCCCCAAAGCAACAGUAGUAGCAACAACAUCGACGCCAUCACCGGCUUCACCUUCAAGUCUUCUUGAUCCAAUACGUUCAGGUGAACUGUCAUACAGCAGUGACCUCCCCAUUCACAAUGCCUCAAUCCAACGGCAUAACUAAUGGCAUAACUAACGGCAUUAACGGCACAAACGGCACACACGGCACAAUCAGCGAUUACUGGUUACCUGGAUAUGGGCUUUCUCGACAUAUCGUCCUUCGACAGAUGCAAUACCAUCUUGGCCCUACUGCCACAGUACGGCCAUACUCCUAUCAGGUACAGAAGGCAACACUCAUCCUCGAGAGGUGCAGACACUCACCAGUUCCAGGGGCGUGAAGGCUACCUCAUCAACGGACGAGAACUGACGAAGGAACAAAUCGACGACCUCAAACGACAGUCUAGAGAGUAUGAGAGGCAGCAGACCAUCCGCAUGUCCGGAAGGCCUAUGACAACCACCGAGUCCCCAGAGCGUGAUAUCAACGAACCUAUUGUGGUGACUAUCGGGAGUCGACGGUCAGCCUACCACAGAUAUCGAUGACACUGUGGGCCGGAGAACACAUUUGUCGUUUAAUCUCUUUCCAUAUUUCUAUCAAAGGGUCUCACGUUGUUCAACUUCCAUAUCGGAGUUCACCAAGGAGUCGCACACUGGGGAGAGGGUAGCAAAUGAAGUGCACAAUUUCCAAGUCAAGAUUCGAUGUAUCUUGAUGUAUCUCCAAUGGAGCACCGUCUAGCGGCCAUGACUAUAUCUCCAUGCCACCGCCGUCACUGGUGAUGAUCUAUUUCGGAGGGAAUUUCUCGGGGGAAUGUCGUCGUCUUAUAGCGGGUGAUAGCACUUGUAUCAAUACUAGGAGCUUGACAAUAUGGGGAGGGCAUAUGUCAGCAUCGACGCGUUUAGGCUCGAGAGUGAAGUGAUAUUUGAGGUGGAUUGAUCUGUCCGAGGUGAUAUUGACUAGGUGGAAUUGUUCGGAGAAGAUGGCCUUGUCGUAUGUUUCGUCCAUGAUGACCACCCGUGAACUCUUUGAUCUGGGAUGGGAUUGGUUGGUCGACUGCAAUAUCUUGUCUAUCA